AUGCCGACGAGGCGAAAGUCUAGAACAGAAGUCUUUCUCAAAUCGACAGCCUCUAACAACCUCGCUAUGACUACUCCUGAUCGAACAGGCAAACCCGAAGACCUCGGUCUGAUCGAACUGUUCGGCGAGCCCUCCUCGCCUUUUGUUCGAACCAUCUCGCUCGCUCUUUCGGAACUCAACAUCCACUACAUCCCCAUCGCUCGGUCAUCGCACUCUGACGAGAUCAAGUCUCGCAAUCCCUACGGUCUCACUCCUGUGCUUAUUCAUCGACCGGAUGGACUCUAUGCUCGACCCGAAGAUGUGAUCACCUUAUCCGAGGGAUCGAUUCGACGAUACGUAGAUGAGCUUCUCUUCCCACUUUCAUCGACACAUCGACACUUGACACCCCCUCUACGAUCCUCCGGUGGAGUCGUUGAUGCCAAGACCGUCGUUUCAAGGUCAAGAUUGGACGGUCUCAUCUCCAAACUCUCUCAAACCAUCAUCCCAACCCUCGACGCUGGCUACAUCAAACCCGCCUCAGCCCUCGCUAAACAAGGCAAAGACGCUGAAACCAUCAAUUCCACCCUAGCCGAACCUUUGACCAGAAUCCACACGCUGUUGGAGAUCGUGGAGGGUCAAGCAGCAAAGAAUGCAAAGUGGUUGCUGGAGGGUGAGAACUUGACCUGGGCGGAUCUAUUCUUGUUCCCUGUGCUGGACGAUCUGAGGUCGAGUCCUGCGGGUCAUCUGGUCUCGGGCAACAGUCCGAACUUUGCUUGGUUGUCAGGCUGGUUGCGAAGGAUGGAUGAGAGAGUCAGCGUCGAGGUCGGAAAGAAAGCAUAG